AUGGAUGAGAAUUCCAUCAUAGUUUCCACACUAGUUCAUGUCAUAAGAGGCGGAAACGAUCAGUUAUGCCUUCCGGAGGAAGACGUAAUGUGCAACAUUUGUCGAAGACAGCCGCCAGAUUGUUUAGGCUGUCAAAUGUUCACAGAUAGACCGAAGAAGAAAUAUAAAGGAGUUAGUUUACGACCGUCAGGGAAAUGGGCUGCCGAGAUAAUGGUUCAGGGGAAACAGAGAAAGUGGUUGGGGACUUUUGAAACAGAGGAAGAGGCCGCGAGAGCUUAUGACAUUGCCAGCAUACGCCAUCGGGGAAACAAGGCAAAGACGAACUUUCCAUUGGAGGGUUACCGCGAUAUUCCACUAGAUUAA